ACAAAGAUGGCAGACGGACAACAGCGCCACCUUCGUUGAUGAAUUAUUUCAUACACGAGUAACCGUACACAUAUAAAUAUAUUCAUCGGUUAGCAGCUGACGAUGGCGAGUGGUGGUGGUAAAAUGAUAAUUUUGUUAAGUUCGUGGUUCAGUGUUUAUAUUUUAGACAAAUCUUUUUACACAAUAAGCUCAUAAAGACUGCUUUAAUUUUGUUUGGAUUAUAUACGAAAAGACAUUUAAGAUAGUGGCCUUAGUGCCAUAUUAAUACUGGAUGAAUAAGCAGUCGCUAUGUGGGUAAAGCCAAAGGAGGUUCUACUUGCUAAUGCUUUGUGGGUAAAUGAACAAUCAACGGUAUAUUUUGUCUUGCAACGCCGAAAAGGUCAUGGAAAAACGAAAGGCCUUACAUCUAUACUAGUAGGAACAUUGGACAGUGUAUUUGAUACUAAACCAGCACCAUUUAGAAUACUGCAUCAAACACCGUCGUCUGAAGUUUAUUGGGAGAUAUCAUGUUCUUUGACACACGAAGAAAUUCUACAAGACUGGGAAUGGCUUCAUUCGAAUUUAAUAGAUACGCUUCAAUCAUUUGACACGGAAGAAGAUAUAACAGAAUUUGUUUGUUGUAAGAUUCAAUCCAUUAUCGCAAAUAAUAUUCCAGAUUGUCAAUUUGCUGAUGAAGAAGAUCCAGCUGUGUUUAAGACAGUAUCUUUCAAAUUUCAUCAAUUAUUUAACAUACCAAAAGAAGACAAAUUGGUCAAUUAUUAUUCUUGCAGCUAUUGGAAAUCUAGGAUACCUAGGCAAGGAUGGCUAUAUCUAUCUGUAAAUCAUAUGUGUUUUUAUGCUUAUAUACUAGCAAGAGAGACAAAAUUAGUUAUAAGAUGGGCAGAUAUUAUUGAAUUGGGUAAAACAAAUUCCAUAUUAAUACCAGAUAGUAUACGUGUCGUAACACGUGAUAAUAAAGAGCAUUAUUUUUCUAUGUUUCUACACAAAUCGGAGACAUAUUCAUUAAUGGAACAGCUUACGAAUAUCGCCAUGAAAAGGCUCAUUGAUGAAAAGAGUGGUUUCAAUGAGGACAGAGAACUAUUGAAUAAAUUAAGUAAAAAUGUACCUAAGAAACCAUCAUUCUUGAAAAGAGAUCUUGAUGCACGAGCACAUUCAGAAGCAUACAGGUUACAAUUUAGAUUACCAGGUAAUGAAAAAUUAGAUGGUAAUAUUGAUGCAACCUUGUGGACUCCGUACAAUAAAAGAUAUGUUUGGGGAAAGAUAUAUCUUUCACAGAACUAUCUAGCGUUUGACAGUAGGGUAAGAAAAUUAGUAAGUUUAGUCAUACCUCUGAGAGAAGUACGACUCGUUGAAUCUGCAGAAAAUCAGUCUUCCUCCAUAGAGAAAUCGAUAUUGGUAACUACAACUCGUGCAUCAUUUUUAUUCGCUCAGAUCCAAGAUAGAGUUUUUUUAGUUCAGAAGAUAUCUGAACUUUUGGCUAAAUCAAAAUUAAUGUAUCCAGGUGUUGGUAGCCUAAGUUUGCAAAAUACUUCAACAAAUAGUUUAAAUAAUACUGAAGAUGCAAAGCUUGUAGGAACAUGGAAACCUCAACCACCAUUAAUGACGCUUUUUAAAGCUCCGCUCAGUACUGAAGCAGCUUUAAAACAAGAAGCUAAAGAAAAACAAUGGGAACUUCAUUUCGCAGAAUAUGGACGAGGUGUUACAAUGUAUCGUACUGUAGAAAUGGCAAAGCUUGUAAUCCAAGGAAUUCCACAGUCCUUAAGAGGAGAAGUUUGGCUUACUUUUUCCGGUGCAUUAAAUGAGAUGGCUACUAAUCCGGGUCUUUAUAAAUCUUUGGUGGAUAAAUCAUUGGGCAAAUCUUGCCAAGCUAAUGAAGAAAUAGAGAGAGAUUUGCAUAGGUCUUUACCAGAACAUCCUGCAUUUCAAUCAGAUACUGGUAUCAGCGCUUUAAGAAGGGUAUUAUCUGCUUAUGCAUGGAGAAAUCCACAAAUUGGAUAUUGUCAAGCUAUGAACAUAGUAGCUUCGGUUCUUUUAAUAUAUUGCUCAGAAGAAUCUGCUUUUUGGCAGCUGUGUAAUGUUUGUGAAUCUUUACUACCUGAUUAUUACGAUCGGCGAGUCGUUGGUGCUCUCGUCGAUCAAGGCCUCUUAGAAGAAUUAGCUGCAGAAUAUUUACCAGAUCUGCAUGCUAGACUACAAGAUCUUGGACUUAUCAAAGUCAUAUCACUCUCUUGGUUUUUAACGAUAUUUUUAAGUGUCAUGCCAACAAGUAGUGCUGUAAAUAUUAUGGAUUGUUUCUUCUAUGAUGGAGCAAAAGUUAUAUUCCAGAUAGCAUUAACAGUGUUACAAUGGAAUCAAGAUAAACUACUUAAUUGUCGUGACGAUGGAGAAGCUAUGCAAUUGUUAACAGACUAUUUAGGAGGUGUUUACAAUAACGAGGGUCCCAUUCUUCCUAGACCAGUUGAUAAUGCCACACCUAAUAAAAGUAUAUCUGUCCAAACAUUAAUACACGAAUCAUAUGUAAGAUAUGGCUCUUUGACUAUUGGAGGAAUUGAAAGGCUUCGUCUGAAACAUAGGCUUAAAGUAGUUCAAAGUUUAGAAGAAGGAAUAGAAAAAAAUGUAAUUAGAAGUGUUAUUAUAGAUAAAUAUAUGACCAUGGAGGAGUUGCAGGAACUGUUGGCAUUAGUGAGGGAGGAAUUGAUGAGCCAGCGAAAAUCCGAGCCUGACAGAUAUGAUCCUACACAACCACCGUACGAAGCUUAUAAAAUUGACUUUGAACUAUUUAGAAUAUUAUUUGGUGGCUUGUCGCCAUGGGGUAAAUGUACACAAGCUGAAUCUCUUUCUGCUCGAUUAUUUCGUUUAAUGGAUCGUAAUCGUGAUGGCUUACUAAAUUUUCGAGAAUUAGUGCAAGCUAUUGGAAUGACUGCAACAGCUGAUCAAACACAAAGGUUGAAACUUCUUUAUACUCUUCACUUACCACCACUUCUAACACCUGCUGAUUUUGACUCGCCUACUCAUUCAGAUGGAGCUGAAGUAGCAGCAGAAGCAACAGAUUUUUUUGAUAGUAUGGAACAGAGUGUGGCUUCCUUAGAAAUGCCAGUCAGUGUGGCAGAAGAACCAACAGUGGGUACAUUAUCAAGAUCAACGAGCAUGAACAGUCAACAUGGUGAUCAGUCCUGGGAAAUACAGAGUAUGGAUAGUUUACGGUCUAUGAUUGCAUCAAGAGAUAGUCCUUUGGAUUUAAAAGUGGUGCCAAAAAUGUCUCAAACUCACUUCAUAGCAUUAUGGAAAACGCUUUAUGAUAUGUUUCCAGCUCAACUAGAAGAACAAGAAACGUACCAUAGUAUAGCAUCGAUAGGUACUCUUUUACUGCAACUAGGCGAUGUGGGGAAAAAGUUAAAUAUUAGUCGAGAUGAAUCGGAAGAUAGUUUAUUGUUAGCUGCUUCUGCCGUGCAACAUAUAUCUUCUGCAACUUCACCUGAUCGUAAUGGAAACCCAUCUAGUACAUCGUCUUGUUCAGAUCCCGAUUGGUCGAUAACUAUUGAACAAUUUCUAGCAUCUGCAUUAACUGGUCCACCGAUAGUCGACUUUUUUAGUAAAAGAGCCGAUCUUGCAGAAGCAAUGGUAAUCCUUAAAAAUCGUAGAUUUAAUCGCGUUCAUUCCUUAUCUGAUACUCCGAUAAUAAAUGUAUGAUGUAAAUCUCAUUGAAACAUAAGUGCAAUAUAGUUUUUUAUGCGAUAGAUUGUCUUAAAUAUUUUAACGAGUAUAAUAUUAAAGUAUUUUAAAUAAAUAUUUUAAACGUAUCUGCAUAGAUCAAAAUUGAAGCACUUAUUAAAUUUGAAACCAGGAUGUUGGAAUCGUGAAAAAUAGAUAAAAAUGAUGAGAUUAUCUAAUGAGAAUCUAAUUAUUGGAUAUCGUAACACUGUUUAUAUAAAGCACUGUAUUCUUAUUUGAACAUUACAAAUACUUUUUCUAAGUAUAUAUGUUUAUCUUUAAUAUAAAAUAUUCUAUAUCGGAGUAAGCUCGAUGUAUGUACAUCUCUUUUACAAUGGACAUGUAUAUUUAAAAUCUAAGGAAUUAACAUAUUGUGUAAAGUAAUGCAUGAUAACGCACAUUGCUUGCAAAUAAUAUUGUAUUAACGAUGGAUUACACCUAGACAUAUUGGCCUAUGUUUUCAAAGAUAUAUUUCAAAAAGGAA